AUGGAAGAAGAGAGUGGAGAUAGGGUAUAUUCAACUGAUCUUCCAAAAUCCACUGAAGGGGACACAAGAGAACACAUACAGAGGAAUAAAGGUUAUGAAGAAGGCCCAAAAGGAGACAUAAGAGCCAUGGAAAAUAGAAGCUUCAUGUCUUGGAAAUGUAAAGAAGAAGGUGAACCAAUAGCUGAUGCUUUUGGAGUGUGCUUGAGAAAAAACAGUGCUAUUCUGGUGUUAGCUGAUGGUGUGAACUGGGGAGAGAAGUCUUGUCUGGCAGCAAGGUGUGCAGUACAUGGUUGUAUGAGUUACCUUAACAGUGAUCUUUAUCAUGAAGGAAGGGUGAUGGAAACAACCUCGGACAUCUUCAUUUCUCUGUUGAGGUCAUUUCAUGCAGCACACAACCUGAUUCUCCAGGAAGACGGCAUGCUAACGACUCUUUGUGCUGCUGUCCUUUGUCAGAUGAAAGAUUCCAACAAGUUCAUUGUUUGUACAUGUAACGUAGGAGACAGCCUUGCAUACGUGUACAGCAGGAAAUGUGGAGUACGAGAAAUCACGCAAGGAUCUCAUGACAUUUAUUCCAUGCGUGACAUGAGGGAUGCUCUUGGAGCUCUGGGUCCCGUGGAUGGACAAAACCCCGAACUCAGUAACUUGACUGUUGCCAUGACAACAGUUGAGCCAGGUGAUAUAGUGUUUUUAACAAGUGAUGGAAUCUCCGACAACUUUGACCCUGUUGUGGGGAAAUUUGCUCUUCCUAAAACAACAGAAAGAAUUGCUCCUAUGGACGGUGCUUCAGAAGACAUCCAGAAGCAGGGCCUGCUUCACAGAUCAAAUAGUAAUGGAAAUGAGAAACACAUCUCCUCGUCAGAGUUUGCUUUGCCAGUGGUUGAGGCUCACCAGCGCCACGAGCUUACUCUGCUUCGUAUGGAGGACCUCCUCACUAAUGGAGUGAACGAAGGUGACCGACCUUGUGAAACUGCACGCCAGCUCUGUGAACAGAUGCUCGAUUUUGCCACCAAGUUGACGGUAGCUAAGAGAAGGAUUCUGGAGGAUCCUGAACUUUACAAGGACAGUGCCGAUGCCUUGAAUCAACUGGAACAACGAAGACGUCGGAGAAAAGUUGGAGAUAAGUUAGCCAUGGUUCCUGGAAAGCUUGACCAUGCUACAGUGGUUGCUUGUAAAGUUGGAAUCCAGCCAUCAGAGCAUUCUCAAGUCACCACAGAUCUCAAACAUUAUGAAAGUAGAGUAUAGACACUUCAGUAAUUUAUGUAUUGAUUCCAGUGCGUACAGUUGUGUCUUUAGGUUACUGCAUUCAAACUUAGGGCCAGAACAAGAAACAUUAGUAAUAAAUUAUCAAAACGUAGACUUUUGUCCAGCAUGCCUUCAUGUUUGGUCACUUCUGAUUUUUCAAAGCUGUAUAUUAGUAUUUUAAUGUUAGGGUGAUUUAAUUAUUUAUCAGUUUUUUCUACAUCUUGUAUCUAUGCACUUGUGUUUUUAUAUAUUUUUUCUAGAAUCCUUCAGGGUAAAUAUAACUUAUAAUACAACUUGUGUCUGUUACCAAACUCAGUCUUGUCUGUAGCGGAGUGUGUUAAACACAUAAUUCUUCCAGUGAGAAACGUAAGCACCUAUCAACAUACAUGUAAUAACUAAACAACUGUUUCAGAUAUCUAAACAUUAUUUACCCUAGUGUGAAUUAGCAGAAUAACAGUUACAUAUUUGUUGUAAUAUUAAUCCUCUUACUAAGAGUAACUUUUUUUAAACUUAUUUUUUGUGUUUUCUUUGUAAAAUUGAAUGAAAAGUAGAGUAUGUAGAAAAGGCAGUUAACUAGUGUGAAAAAUAGGUUUUUUAGUUAUAUCACCGUUUCUUCAAUCUUCUGAGUUACUUGAUAAAAGCACAUUGUUCAGGGUUUUUAGUUGUAUCACAGUGUCUUCAAACUUCUGAGUUACUUGAUAAAAGCACUUUGUUCAGGGUUUUUAGUUGUAUCACCGUUU